AUGGCUUUGGCCGGGCAAGGGCCCGGGGCCCCCCACCGCCGGAACCUCUGCACCCGUUCGAUCUGGCUGGCGAGGAAGAUCCGCUCAGACCUGACCACCCUCCUGGAGUCUUACGUGGAGCACCAGGGCCUGAGCGGCCACCUCGACCUGGAUUCCGUGGCCGGCGUGCCACCGGCCAGCACGGACCGCUGGAGCGAGAUGACGGAGGCGGAGCGGCUCCGGGAGAACCUCGGGGCCUACCGGGCCUUCCACACCCUGCUGGGCGAGGUCCUGGAGGACCAGAGAGCCCUCUUGACCCCGACUGAAGGCGACUUCCACGAGGCCAUCCACGCGGUCCUGGUCCAGGUGGCCGCCUUCAUCUACCAGCUGGAGGAGCUGAUGGUGUUCCUGGAGCACGGGAUCCCUCCGCACGAGAGCCCCGGGGCCCCGGGCCGGGCCGAACUGGGCGCCUUCGAGAAGAAGCUGCUGGGCCUGAAGGUGCUGCGGGAGCUGGGGCAGUGGACGCUGAGGUCUAUCCGGGACCUCCGUCUGAUCUCUUCCCACGGCCACGAUGGAGUUCCGGUCCCUGCCGGCCAGAGGCUCGCCGAAGUCCAAAAAAUGUGACGGGCACCCCCUCGGUCACUCUCUGGACCACCCCUCCUCCCACCUUUCCUCUGGUUCCUCCUCCCGUUCCCC